UUUGACAGCACUGCUUAUAAUGCAUCCCCGGCGACCCGACACCUCUCCUUCUUCCACUUCUCGACUUCCAUCUGCACACGGAAGCUUUCCCAAAGGCCGAUUCCCUCUCUUUUCUCUUCCAUUUAUUCCUCUCUUUCAUGCUUCAAUUCACCGACCAUCAAUUCUCCUCUUUUCUCUCCCGUUCGGAAGAUACUGAGAACCCUAAUUUCACUUUAUCUAGCUGCCACCGGAGCUUUUCGCGUGAAUUUUUUUUUUUUUUUACGGAUCAACCCACAACCAAUACUUUUUCCCAUUGUUCCACCCGUCGAGUCGGCGAUAAAUCUGUGGACCUGCCCACUUUAUCGCUUGGGUAAAAAACGAGAGAUGUACGAUUGCGUUAUGGAUGGAAUGACAUUGACGGCAGUUACUGGGAGUGUGCUGCCCACCACCGUGCAAUUGGAGUCGAAGAAGAGAGGUUUCGUGAACGGCGAGAACAACAAUACACACCAGAGCCGACGAUCGCAGUCUCCAGCUUCGUUUCCGAAGCUAUCUCUUAGCAAACCGUCGUGGCUUGUUACCACUGAGUCGAAUGUGCGGAAGGCAGCGAGGAAGAAAGCAGAUCCACCAUGUAUCAUCUGCAAAGGGAGCGGGAGGGUUGAUUGCCACGAUUGCUCUGGAUCAGGGAGGACCAACUGUGUUCACCUUGUGAUGCUGCCAAGAGGAGAAUGGCCAAGAUGGUGCAAGACAUGUGGCGGCAGCGGCCUUGGCUAUUGCUCUCGAUGCCUCGGGACGGGAGAGUACAGAUAUGUCAUGGGCUUCCACUUCAUGAACCGGGAUGACCAACAUGAUGGCGUCCCUUGAUCAGAUCACCAGUGCCAUCGUUAUCGAACUACUCCAAACUUGCCUUGUGGCCGUUAGGAGACUACAGAAGCUGCAGAUUGAGAUGUGAUCAAAGAGCAUUAUGUAGAGCAGCAUUAUACUUGCUACGAUUCAUUGAGGGUGGCGGAUUAACUUCAAAUUUAGUGCACAUACAAACUGCAUAGACGUCUCAGCCUUGCCUUCAAUUCCACAAUGUUCCACCCAAGAAUAAUACCCGCUUGAAGCUCUAAAACUAACGAGAUAAAAGUCCAGAAGAUGUGUGUACUACAAACAAAUUACCAUAAGCAGGUCAUGUAAGGUUUAAUGUUAACAUACUAGGCGAGCCUUAUCAUGGACUAAACAAAAAAAAAUUCACGCCCCAUCAUUUUGAUUGAUAAAUGAUACAAGCUAAGAACCUUUGGUCGGAUCAUCUACAGGUAGAUCAUCUUCAUCAUGGUAGAUGUUUUCUGCCAUUUGCCAUAUCUGAAGGAUGUUAUCUUCAGCAACGCUUGCCACAACCCAGUCCUCACAAGGAUUCCAGGAGAAAUCGGAUAUUUUACUGGUGUGCCCACCAUGAAUGAAGAGCAACUCCGGUGGACCAUCUUCAGCAUCUUCAGGUGUCUGCUCCUCAUCAAUCCUGCAACAACACACCCGCGAUGUCAAACCUCAUCAUAUAAGCACAUGAUGGUAAGAUCACUGCAUAACAAAAGGGAAGAACAUGAACUUGGGUUUCAGGAUAAGGACGGGCCAGGGACUAAUAAUAUUGCCUAUAAGUCCUGCAAUCUAAGGUCGUUUGGAAGUUGCGAUAGUUUUGUUGAGAUUGUCAUUAUGCAUGUAUUGUUUACAAUGCAUCGUUUUUUUGUUUUUUUAGCAGAAACAAUACAUGGAUUGUUUCUGUGAUGUGACAAAAACUAUCACUCAUUUUGAGUGAU